AUGGGGCUGCCCACCCUGGAGUUCAGCGACUCCUACUUGGACAGUCCGGAUUUCAGGGAGAGGCUGAAAUGCCACGAAGUGGAGCUGGAGAGGACCAACAAGUUCAUCAAGGAGCUGAUCAAGGACGGCGGCUUCCUGAUCGGGGCCCUCCGGAAUCUCUCAAUGGCUGUACAAAAAUUUUCACAGUCGCUUCAAGAUUUUCAGUUUGAGUGCAUUGGAGAUGCUGAAACAGAUGACGAAAUUAGCAUUGCCCAGUCAUUGAAGGAAUUUGCCCGGUUAUUGAUUGCAGUGGAAGAGGAGAGAAGACGUUUGAUCCAGAAUGCCAACGAUGUUUUAAUAGCACCACUGGAGAAGUUUCGUAAAGAGCAGAUAGGGGCAGCCAAAGAAGGAAAGAAGAAGUUUGACAAAGAAAGUGAAAAAUACUAUUCUACUCUAGAGAAGCACUUGAAUUUGUCGGCAAAGAAGAAAGAAUCACACCUGCAAGAUGCAGACUCCCAGAUCGACCGAGAACAUCAAAAUUUUUAUGAAGCAUCUUUAGAAUAUGUCUUUAAAAUCCAAGAAGUUCAAGAGAGAAAGAAGUUUGAGUUCGUAGAGCCGCUUUUGGCAUUUCUUCAGGGAUUAUUUACUUUUUACCAUGAGGGAUACGAGCUGGCCCAGGAGUUUGCACCAUACAAGCAGCAGCUUCAGUUCAAUUUACAGAACACACGGAAUAAUUUUGAAAGCACCAGACAGGAAGUCGAACGACUGAUGCAGAGAAUGAAGUCAGCCAGCCAGGAUUACAGGCCGCCAAGCCAGUGGACAAUGGAAGGCUAUCUCUACAUUCAAGAGAAACGACCUCUUGGAUUCACCUGGAUAAAACAUUACUGCACUUACGACAAAGGGACAAAAACAUUCACAAUGAGUAUUUCUGAAGCAAAGUCUGGGGGGAAAGUAAAUGGUCUUGUACCAAGUGCACCAGAAAUGUUCAAGUUGAAAUCUUGCAUCCGGAGGAAGACAGAUUCCAUUGACAAACGUUUCUGUUUUGAUAUUGAAGUAGUCGAAAGACAUGGGAUUAUUACACUUCAGGCUUUUUCUGAAUCCAACAGGAAGCUCUGGCUGGAAGCUAUGGAUGGGAAAGAACCAAUUUACACUUUGCCGGCUAUUAUUAGUAAAAAAGAAGAAAUGUUCCUAAAUGAAGCUGGUUUUAACUUCGUUAGAAAGUGCAUCCAUGCUGUGGAAACGAGAGGGAUCACAAUCUUGGGGUUGUACAGAAUAGGUGGUGUGAAUUCCAAAGUUCAGAAGCUGAUGAAUACCACAUUUUCUGCUAAAUCUCCUCCUGACAUAGACAUUGAUUUGGAAGUUUGGGACAAUAAAACUAUCACGAGUGGGCUAAAGAACUACCUCAGGUGUCUUGCUGAGCCGCUGAUGACCUACAAGUUGCACAAGGAUUUCAUUGUUGCAGUUAAGUCCGAUGACCAAAAUUACAGAGUGGAAGCGGUGCAUGCGCUUGUUCACAAACUGCCGGAGAAGAACCGAGAGAUGCUGGACAUCCUCAUCAAGCACUUGGUCAAGGUAUCACUACACAGUCAGCAAAACCUCAUGACUGUUUCCAACCUCGGAGUUAUAUUUGGCCCCACGCUGAUGAGAGCCCAAGAGGAGACUGUGGCUGCUAUGAUGAAUAUCAAGUUUCAGAAUAUUGUGGUCGAAAUUCUCAUUGAGCAUUAUGAGAAGAUAUUUCAUACGGCCCCGGAUCCCAACAUCCCUCUUCCUCAGCCUCAGUCUCGAUCAGGGUCAAGAAGGACAAGAGCAAUCUGCCUCUCCACAGGCCCCCGCAAGCCCAGAGGACGAUACACCCCAUGCCUUGCUGACCCAGAUAGUGACUCGUACAGUAGCAGUCCAGACAGCACCCCCAUGGGCAGCAUCGAAUCACUGUCCUCUCACUCGUCAGAACAAAACAGCACGACCAAAUCCACAUCUUCCCAACCCAGGGAGAAAGCGGGAGGAGUUCCAUGGAUCGCCUCAUCCCCUUCUUCCAACGGGCAGAAGAAUUCGGGCCUUUGGACCACCAGUCCCGAAUCCUCCUCAAAGGAGGAUGCAGCAAAAACGGACGUAGAAUCUGACUGUCAAAGCGUUGCCUCCAUCACUGGUCCGGAGAAUGCAUCUCCGCCAACAGACCUGGCCAAAAAAGGACUAUAUAGUCUCUCUGGGCUGAAAAGGUCAACAGCUUCGUCCGUCAGGUCAAUCCCUUCUGCUGAAGGUAACAAAAGCUGCAGCGGUUCGGUACAGAGCUUAGCUUCUCUAGACGGCCGAGAGACCCCAAAGGCCCUGGCGAACCCAGAUCUGCCGCCCAAGAUGUGCCGAAGACUGCGAUUAGACACGACAUCGAGUAAUGGCUAUCAGAGGCCAGGGUCUGUGGUGGCGGCCAAGGCCCAGCUGUUUGAAAGUGGUGGCUCACUGAAGCAGGCCUCCUCAGGAAGGCAAGCCAAGGCGAUGUAUUCCUGCAAAGCUGAGCAUAGCCAUGAACUCUCUUUCCCUCAGGGGGCAAUAUUUUCUAAUGUAUAUCCAUCAGUGGAACCAGGAUGGUUAAAAGCAACCUAUGAAGGCAAAACGGGACUCGUUCCAGAGAAUUACGUUGUCUUUCUCUAGUAAUAGUUUAGCAGACAGCAGUAUCUUCAUGGUAUCCAUGGUAACAAGCAAUAAGCACUAUGAUUUUUUCAAUCUGACACAGAUACGGGGAUCUGCCAGUUAGCCCCUGUGUGUGGUUGAUCUACAACGACUUCUGCAGCAGCAGAUUAUGUAGCUCCUUACAAGCUGAACAGAA